GGUGGAGUGGAGCUCAUGGAUCAAGGUUUCUUCUGAAAAGGAUCAGGCUGAAGGGGAUGUUGGGACCAGAGAUGCUUCUUUAAAACUGCCUUUAUGAUCACUGCUGGAACAGCCAGGGGAAACAAUAUCUGCAGUGAACUGCUUCACAAGAAUAUGCACAUUUAAAUCCUGACAGCCUUUGGUCUCCACAGUUCCAGCUUUGAUCAAAAUGCUGGUUCUCUCUGUCCUCCUGGCUGUCUUCGGCCUCAUCAUUUGUCAGGAAUUGCCAACUUAUGACCUGCUGGAGGAGUUCCGCUUGUCCGAGUCUUCAGGGGUGAGACGGGUCAGCGGGUCCGAGCCUGAAGCUGUGGCGUAUCGUGUUAACCCGUCCCUCCACCUCAAGAAGAGCACAAGUGACAUCUACCCAGACGGUCUACCAUCAGACUACUCUGUCAUCGCCACCUUUAAAGUGACCAAGGACACUGCUAAAACAUCCUGGAAUCUAUGGCAAGUCAGUGACCCUGAAGGCCGAGAUCAGGUCGGCCUUCGCUUUCAGGGCGACACUCUAACCCUGGACUUCUUCUACACCAACCCGAAGGGCACACAGAUGCUGCGGACCUUCCAGAGAGUAGAAAAACUCUUUGAUGGAGAGUGGCACAAGUUGGCAUUGAGUGUAAAAGGCGAACAAGUGAAGCUAUUUAUUGACUGUGAGGAGAUCAGUGUUGAGCCUCUGGAUGAGCCACGGCCGGUGAUCCGACAAGGUUUUACGUCCAUCGUAAAGAGAGCCGUAGGUGAUCGCUCUGUCUCGGUGGAUCUGCAGAAGAUGGAAGUGUCCUGUGAUGCUGAUCAAGCGUACUCUGAGAGCUGCUGUGAACUCUCCAGUGUGUGUGGAGGAUAUGCUGAGAUCGGUUUAACUGCAGGACGAGGAAAAGCCACCUGUAAAUGCAUGCAUGGACAACCAGGUGUCCAGGGAUCCCCAGGACCCAAGGGUCACAGAGGUCUGCCGGGGAAUACAGGAGAUCCAGGCCGACAGGGCAACUGGGGCCGACGUGGGAACACUGGAGAUUAUGGGCACAUAGGAGAAACUGGGCCUAAAGGCGAGCAAGGCAUCAAAGGUGAAAAGGGCAUGAGAGGACUUCGAGGCCGGGAGGGGGAUAGGGGACCCAAAGGCCUGAAAGGCCUAAAAGGAGCUUCAGGUCACAAGGGAGUGCGAGGGUCACCUGGAGAGAGGGGUGAAACCGGACAGCUGGGGGAAGUUGGUGCAGCAGGAGAACGGGGAUAUGAGGGGAUUGCGGGAUAUCAGGGAGUGAAGGGAAGCGAAGGCUUACACGGAGCUGAAGGAUCUCGAGGACCACGAGGCCACCAGGGGAUUGUGGGAGAUCCCGGUGAGCGAGGAACACCUGGAGAAAAGGGAAAGCCUGGUAAUCAAGGCCUAAAAGGAAGAGUUGGUGGAGUAGGGGGAAAGGGUAUAGUUGGUGAUCCAGGUUUGCCAGGGCGAGAUGGAGAUCCUGGAGUUGAGGCUUAUCAAGGACCACAGGGACCUGAAGGGAAGCGAGGACAAAUUGGCGACAGGGGUGAAAAAGGUGAACAAGGUCCUCCAGGAAACAUGGGCCCUCCUGGACUCACGGGUUCGCAAGGUUACAAGGGCUCUGCUGGAAAGCCAGGAAGACCAGGAUUUAUCGGGCCUCCUGGAAGAACGGGCCACAUUGGAAUACCUGGCAAACCAGGCCCCAAGGGUGACACUGGCAUUACAGGAGUCCUGGGAAGCAAAGGGCAGAAGGGUGAAAAGGGAGUCAAAGGACCUAAGGGCAGGAUAGGAGACGGUGGUGUGCCAGGGCAACAGGGAAGCCGAGGAAAGCGAGGGCCAGUUGGAGAGCAGGGUAGAAAAGGUCGCGGAGGCUCCAAGGGAGUGAGAGGAGAUGGUGGCCCAGUGGGCUUUCAAGGGCCCCCAGGCCCACCAGGCCCCACUUUCCCCGCUCAACAUGUUAUCGAGGUCUGCAAGCGUGUGGUCCUGGAGCAGAUGUCCACAUUCGCCAACUCUGUGAAAAGAACAUGUGCAGCCGUGUGCCCACUCUAUGGAGAUGUGUCAAUGGGCGCCCCAGGUCCCCCAGGACCGAAAGGGCCACCUGGACCACCAGGCGAUCCUGGCAUCGAUGGGCUUAAAGGAGAACUUGGGCAGCAGGGAUUUUAUGGAGAACCCGGUGACCAGGGCAGACAAGGCUCAGCAGGUGACAGAGGAGAAACAGGAGACAAGGGAGCUAAAGGCUACGGCCUUCCUGGGCACAUCGGGGAGCAGGGGCCACAGGGUCAGCGUGGCCGACCAGGCCGAGCUUUUGAUGGGCAACCAGGUCAGAUGGGUGAGAGAGGACAUGUUGGCCAGCCUGGAUUACGGGGACACCCUGGACUACCAGGAGUUCCUGGAGUCUGUCUGACGUCUGGAUGCGCCUUGCUUAAUGCUACUUUAAGCAGACCUCCACAACAAGUGCCCGAGCAGGCGCCGCAACGAGCAUCCCAACGGGCACCUCAACGGGGAUCUCAACGAGGAUCUCAGAGGUUUAGAGGACGCCAGUGAAAGCUUUCUUGAAAAUCACACAGAGACGUUUUGGUCAUUGUGUGCAUAGUAUGGAGGAGGGAUUAGAAGCUGAAAUUGUGUCAGGAAAGGUAAACGAUGUAAAUAUAAAAUCAAAACCAAAUAUUUGUCCAUCAAAAGACUCUAACACUGUCAAAUGCAAAGCUGUCAGAAGAACUUUUGGAAGUAGGGUUACAUAUAUAGUUUAAAUACAUAUAUAGUCAAAAUGACCAGCACAUUGAUCAAGUUAAUGUUUAAAGUAUGUUUAUAAUAAAAAGGACACAAAUUAAUAUAUUUUUUACAUGUUAUCUGCAUUUUUCGCCCUUAAAAUUGACUGGGGGUUCAGAAAUAAAUUUUAAAUAUGGUC